GUUGUUUGCGGAUUCGAUUAGCAAUGCCUAGCAAGACUCUUGCAGGCAGUCUCCCAGUUCGUUAAUAAUUCAACAGCUUCAAACCUGAAAUACUACAGUACUAACCGUACAAUUAAACGAUACGAACACGUUGGGUUUCGUGUUGUCAUUUCGAGUAGCAAGAAAAAUUAACCAUACAUUUUAUUAUGGCACCUAAGAGCCAUCAUCUGUUUACAAUUCCAAACUGAAGCACCAAUUUCGGAGGCUCUAUCUAUAAUAGAAUUCCCAACAAGCAGUAUAUAACUAUUUUCGCUGAUUUGGAGGAAACAUUGUUUCCAAUGGCAUGUUUAAUUUUACAUGGGUUAAUUAUACCCAUGGAUGUGUUUAUUAUACUGUGCGGCCAGGUGGUUGACUGGUUAGCGCUUCGGCCUCACAGUGCAGAGCUGUACGCCCUUCCUGAGUGGAGUUUGUAUGUUCACCCCGUGCCUGCGUGGGUUUUCUCGGGGUAUUCCCACAUUCCAAAAACACGUGUGGCAGGUUAAUGGAACACUAAAUUGUGCUUAGGUGUGAGGUGUGGUUGUUCGUCAAUGUGUACACUGCGAUUGGCUGGCAACCAGUUCAGCGUGUACCCCGCUUAUUGUCUGCCAUGACAGCUGGGAUCGGCUCCAGCACGCCCCACGAUCCUUGGGAGGAUAAGCGGAGCAGAAAAUGGAUGGAUGGAUGAAUGGAGUGGGAGCCCAUGGAAAUCUUGGGGUCUCUGGCAAUUGCCUGCGUUUCCCUGAGGUAUAAGUACGCCCCUGAUUAUUCCAAAUUUUAUCAUCCAGUUUACACAGGUUUGUGUUUUAAUAUUUAUGCGUUUGCAAGUAUUGGUGAGAAAUCUCACAAGUACAUGUCUGCAUUGAAAACACUUGUUCAAUAAUUAACCUGGCUUAUAUUUGAAGGCUUCACGCGGAUUCUGAUCGUGUGGUGUAUGAUGAACACCACAAGGAAAGCACAGGGAAGCAGCUAUGCAGAUGCUCUGAUGAGUUUCUGGACUGCAUCGAAGUGAAUUGAGGUCAAUUUGGAUUAAACCAGGAUUGCAGAAGCUCCAAGAACGCCUAGAAUUCAGAAUUAUGUCUGUGCCCCCCAGAGUGGUCUACAAGCGGCGGGCCCAUAUCACAGCUCUGCCUCUCUACUACUCAGGGCACCUGCUCAAGAAACACUCCUACGAGACGGAUUUCAAGAAGUACUUCGCAGAGCUACGUGGAGACAGCUUAUUUCUGUACAAAGAUGAAAAGCAGGAUACAUACACAGAGAAGCUGAAUCUGCUGCAGCUGAGGUCCAUGCAGUUAGCAUCUACAUAUCAAAGGAAGAUGUCCACAAUCUUCACCCUGAUGAUGCACACAGAUGAGAUCCACUUGAAGAUAGAAAACCCUGAUACAGGAGAAGAGUGGCGGAGUUACAUCAUGACCAUUGUCAAAAAAGAGAUUCCCAGUCAGAUACAGCUCCUGCCAGGCCAAAGGUUACUGCUUGAAGAUGCUCUGGCUCAGGAGAAAAUGAGAAAGUCCCAAGUAAAGAAACCCCCACUUCCUCCUCGACCGGCCCACCUUCUUGGACCCGCUGCAUCCGUCCCUCCACAGAAGGACACGUCUGACCACAGCAGUCCAGAGAUGUUACCGUGUUUCUUCAAUGUGACUCGACAGGAAGCCGAGCAGAUGUUGAGGCAGAACCCGGAAUAUGGAGGCAUCAUCCUCCGCCCAUCCACCAUGGCCAACAAUUAUGCCCUCACUCUCAGACAAGUCACAGCCAAGGGGCCUGUCAUGAAGAACUACAGGUUGAUCUGCACCAAGUCAGGAUUUAUCAUUCAAUUGGAAACACCAGUGACAGUCUCCUCCCUGCGGGAGGUACUGGAAUAUUUUCUUGAGAAGACAGAAUACAGCCUUCAUCCUUACAUGCCGGGUGACAUCUAUGACACUCGUAUCGAGGUGAUACCUCCUCGCUCAAGACAAAAAAAUGUACCCAAGGCACAAGUGGCACCCGUGAUGCCUUCACAGACCAAGCCUGGGGAAGGAGAAUAUGUGCGCCCUGAUGAUCACAACUUGAAUAAAGUUCAGCUGGAUGAAGAACUGUGACAAGUUGUAUGACUGCGUAGUAACUACAAUCAGAAAACCCUCACUGGCACAGCAUCAUUUCACAUGCCAAGGACGUCCGUGUGACAUUUAUAUUGUGUUCAUUUAUUUUGUAAUUGAGAGAAUACUAUAUGUCUUUUCCUUGAGAAUGUCUUGCCUGGAGCUAUUUGUUUGAGGACUACAGAAGGUAACUGCAAUGUAAUCCAAUUUGUCUUCUAUGAUUCCACCUAUAUUCAAUCUUUUUGGUUUAUGGACUUUUAAAUACCACAGUGUCCUAUCAAAAUA